AUGACCGGCACUAGCAAUAAUGCUGGUGGGGAGAUAGAUAGUACCAGAAGGAAUUCUAGAAAAUCAUGUGUUUACGAAACCAGAGUUGGAGAUGCUCAGCGCUGCCUGCAUUGGUAUCCUGGUGGUUGCUUUUUAAAUGGGUCUCUUCACUGGAUUGUCUACGACACCGAAAGUUGUUUCACAUUGAUGUGUUGUUUCGAUUUUGGGAAGGAGAGAUUCCAGCCAUUUUCAGGGCCAUCUCAACUUUGUGGGGUUUCUGGACUACAUGGGGUUUCGUUGGAACAGAUAAAUGUAGGGGUGUUGAAGGAUGGUCUGUCAGUUUUUCAUCGCCCUACUAAUUAUACGCUUGAUAUGUGGAUGAUGAAGGAUUAUGCAGCGAUGGAGUCUUGGACUAAAGAUUUUGUCAUCAAAAUCCCAAGUCCUUACAAUAAACUUCUUUGUCAACCACUAAUGGUUUUGAACAACAGGGAUAUCUUGAUGUUGUAUGCUUUAACCACCCUGCUUUCUUGGAAUACGAGGGACAGAAGUAUUAGAAAGGUCAAUGGAAUUUCAUCUGUCAUUAGAGGGAUGACAUACAUUCCAAGCUUUGUUUCAAUAAAACACGUUGCCGCGGGGAGAUACUCUUAA